AUUGCGCGCAAGCUUCUGUUUCCACCUAGUACUUGCGUUUCAUGUUUAUCUCGAUCGACCUUGCCCUCGAAGAAUCAAAGCAGCUCGAUAUCAUGGCGACGAUUUGUGGAGUUUUAAAGCGUGGAUCGUAUUUGUAUAACAUUUUGGAACGUAAGAUUCCAUCAGUAACAGUUCCAGUCCGUCGCCUAAAUUUGCAAGAAUAUCAGAGCAAACAGUUAAUGAAUGAUCAUGGGAUCUGUGUUCAGAAUUUUAGAGUUGCCUCUAAUGUAAAUGAAGCUGAGGAAAUAUCUCACACUUUUCAUGUUGAUGAAUAUGUUGUGAAAGCUCAAAUUUUAGCUGGUGGCCGGGGAAAGGGAACCUUUUCUAGUGGCCUUCAGGGAGGAGUUAAAUUGACCAAAAAUCCAAAAGAUGUUCCCAAACUUGCGGAGAAGAUGUUGGGCCAUAAACUUAUAACUAAGCAAACCCCUAAAGAUGGCGUUGCAGUCAAUAAAAUUAUGAUUGCUGAGGCUAUAGAUAUAGCAAGAGAAACAUAUCUUGCAAUUUUAAUGGACAGGGAGAGUGGUGGACCUGUCAUAAUAGCAAGCCCUGCAGGGGGAGUAGACAUAGAAGAAGUGGCUAGCAAAACGCCAGAUUUAAUACAUAAAGAAGUUAUUGAUAUCUGCAGAGGUAUCACAGAUAGUCAAGCAAGAAAUGUUGCAAAAAAAUUAGAAUUCAAAGAUGAUCUCCUUCACCAGGCAGCCCAAGAAAUAAAAAAGCUCUAUGAUCUUUUCAUUAAAGUAGAUGCAACUCAAAUAGAAAUAAAUCCAUUUGGUGAAACGAGAGAUAAAAGGGUUAUUUGUUUUGAUGCCAAAUUUAACUUCGACGACAAUGCUGAAUUCAGGCAAAAGAGCAUAUUUGCUUUAGAUGAUCAUUCAGAAAGUGAUCCUAGGGAAGUGGAUGCUGCAAAAUAUCACUUAAAUUACAUUGGAAUGGAUGGGAACAUAGCAUGCAUGGUUAAUGGAGCAGGUCUUGCCAUGGCAACUAUGGAUAUCAUUCAUAUGUAUGGAGGAAAUCCAGCCAAUUUUCUUGAUGUUGGUGGUAUGGUACAAGAGGAACAGGUGUACCAGGCUUUCCGAAUUCUUACUUCUGAUGAAAAUGUGAAAGCUGUUUUAGUGAACAUUUUUGGUGGGAUAGUAAAUUGUGCAAUUAUUGCCAGAGGAAUCACCAAUGCAUGUAGAAGUAUUCAGCUUAAAGUGCCUUUAGUUGUAAGAUUAGAAGGAACAAAUGUUGAAGAAGCUAAAGCUAUACUUGCUAACAGUGGGCUUCCUAUUGUUACAGCCGUGGAUCUUGAUGAUGCUGCCAAAAAGGCUGUUGCUAGUCUUAAAUAAAUACUGUUGCUAGUCAUAUCAAUAAAUAAUGUACUUGCAGUCUAAAUCUAUUUUUAGAAUAUUUAUACACGUACAUAUAUUUAGUUAAAUUUUAUAUUUCAGUUUUCUUUUAAUGUUUCAGAUUCACUAAUAUUGUCAGUAUUUACAUUCCUUGAUAGAAUGUCCUAGAAAUUCUGCAUACAUACUUUCAAUAAUACUAACAAAAAAUAUAUUGUCGACAUUAUAAACCACAAAUGUGCACUUUUUAUUAUUUUCAUUUACAUGCAUUUAUUAUUUUGGUGUUUCACGCAUGAUCACUGUGUAUCCCAGUAGAUGCUUUCUAUGCAAUAAUUCUCAUAUAUUCAUUUAUCUCAUAUACAAUAGUUUUCUUAAAAUCAAACACAUUGCAAAUCGUUACCUUAUUUUCCUCAAAUGAGUUGGUUUUGCAAUAGUGUGAAUGAUGUGUCUUUUCUUAUUGUUGAGAUUUGAAUGUGCAGACAGUAUGUGUAUGAUGUAAAAUGUGUGUGUAUGUAGACUAAGUUAUUUUUAUAAAAGAAAGUGACUAGUACUUAAUUUCUUGACAAUCUGUUAAAAAAAAUUGCAAUUUAAAUAAUGUUAUACCACUUAAUGUUAUCAAUGCACAAACUCAUGGCCUCUGUAAUUUGUAUAAAAUGUGUAUGCCAAAAAACUACUGUACUUAAUGUUGUACUUCAGUAUGAAUGAGUAUAUAAAUAUGUAUGGUUACAUAUUAUUUUUAUUCAUAAAUAGGCAAAUUUUUGUUCUUAAUAUUUCUUCUGGGUGCUUUAUAAGAGUCAGAAGCUAUGCUAUAUAAAUGUUAAAUUUUAUAAUGUUGUAACUGUCUGAAGUAUUUUUUAUUUUAUGAAAUAAAAAUAUUCUUUAUAUG